CAAGAAUCUUUACAUUAUAAGUGAUUUAUAUUUUUCCCACGUUUAUGCCAAACAAAUUAGGUUGGUAUGUUAGGGUAAACAUGUUGGGGCAAACUGAGAUUUAGUAACGUUAAAAGAACCUAGGCAGGCAGGUGGGAGUCUGUCUGAACUCCUAAUAAACCACUUGGCUUCAACAACUACACGUUGUCGGUCUCUUUCGGUGUUCAGUAAAUGCUAAUGAAACUACGGACAUCCAUUUCUUCCUGCUGCGGAAAGAUGUUAGUUUGGUAUUUUGGGGGCGUGCCUGCUCCUUAGGUGGUGGCGGUGUCAGGUAAAUCAGACGGGCCGGGACAGGUCAAUGCGGAAGUUAUAAUUUUGACAGGGAUAACCAGUCCUCUCUCUCUCCACCAAGGCGGGCAACGUUUUCACAAAACAUGGAGCGUAUGACAAAAAGCGAAUUAUGAAAUAUAUCGGAGCAGUGAUUUAAAGAGACCGAGAAGUUUACAAAAUGCGAAGGCGAGAUGCAGCUUCGAGGGAGCGCGAUUACGCGGUACCACAGACUCCACAAGGCAGCGACCAGUCUACCCAACAGACUCCUCGGGGUCCCCCGCUCACCAGCACAGAGGGAAUGCAUCAAGGUUACUUUACAGAAUUAACUCAGUCCAUUAUGACUAAAGCAGCGCCGUUGAGCACUGAGCAAUUUAGUGCAAAGGAUGUCAAUCGCAUUUUGAUGGAAUUCCUCAUGUAUCUGGGGAGAGUAUUCCUUUUAUGUUACCCCAUUUACUUGACGGGCUUCGUUGGACUAAGCAUCAGCUGGAUUUUGCUUAGCCUCUUAUUGUGGACAAUGUGGAAGAACAAUCGCAAAUGGAAGGAUGUGCGCUUAGACAGUGCCGUGAACUUUUUGGAGAACGAAAGGCUGAUGGUCGACAAAGAAUUGAAGGACCUGCCUGCAUGGAUUGAUUUCACAGAUAUUGAGAAGGCUCAUUGGAUUAACAAGAUUCUUCAACAAGCGUGGCCAUUUUUUGGCAUGUUCAUGGAGAAACUCCUCAAAGACAACAUUCAGACAUUAGUACGAACAUCAAGUCCACAUCUUAAAACCUUCUCCUUCACUAAGGUCCAUUUUGGGCAAAGGCCUCCCAGGAUCACUGGAGUGAGGGUUUACACACAUGAGGUGGACAAGAGAGAGGUCGUUCUGGACCUCAAUAUUGUUUACGAUGGGGACGUUGACAUUGACACAGAGGUGAAGGCAGGAAUCGUUGCAGGAAUUAAAGGGCUUCAGCUGGAAGGAAUGCUCCGUGUGAUUCUGGAGCCUCUGAUUGGCCAGGCUCCAUUAGUGGGUGGCGUUACUAUGUUUUUCAUCCGUCGUCCGACAUUACAGAUAAACUGGACUGGAAUUACCAAUCUUCUAGAUACUUCUGCAUUUAGUUUCCUCUCUGAGCCAACCAUCAUGGACAUCAUUGCUUCUCUCAUGGUGCUACCCAAUCGCAUGUGUAUUCCCCUCGUAGACCAAGUGAAAGUGGACCUGAUGCGAUUCCCCUUACCUCGAGGUGUAGUGCGGGUCAGGUUGCUGGAGGCCAAAGAUCUAAUGGCCAAGGACACCUUUAUGUUGGGACUGGUGAAGGGAAAGUCAGACCCUUAUGCCAUACUACGAGUUGGUAACUCCCAAUUCAAAAGCAAGACCAUAAAAGAAAAUCUAAAUCCGCGUUGGGAUGAAACGUAUGAGUAUGUGGUCCAUGAAGCUCCUGGACAAGAGCUGGAGAUAGAUCUUUUUGAUGAGGACACCGACAAGGAUGACAAUUUGGGAUGUUUUCAAUUGGAUUUGGGCGAAGUGAAGAGAGAGAAACAAAUGGAUGAGUGGUUUGAACUAAAGAAAGCGAAGACUGGUAUGGUGCGCCUGCAGCUGCAGUGGCUGUCUCUGCAGACAGACCCAGGCCUUCUAGUGGAGACACCUCAAGGGAGUGCUUGUGCAAUGCUGGCAGUUUACCUGGACAACGCCUCCAAUCUGCCUAGAGACCAGAGCGAAUUCAGCCACCAUGAAAAACAUGGCAAACACUCGAAAGAGGCCAAGCUAACAAGAAGAAGGAACAAUCCAAACUCCUAUGUGGAAUUCUCUAUGGAUGAACAGACCCAGAAAAGCAAGGUUGCAUAUGCCUCCAAAGAUCCAGUGUGGGAGGAGGGCUUCACAUUCUUUGUGCACAGUGUGUCCAACCAAGUGCUGAACGUUCAGGUGAAGGAGCCUGAGAAUAAGUGCCCACUGGGCGUGAUGACGCUGCCCCUGGCCCGUCUGCUGAACACGUCUGACCUGACUCUGGACCAUCGCUUCCAGCUGGAGCGCUCCGGAUCCAACAGCAUCAUCAAGAUGAAGGCCACACUUAGGAUCCUGAAGUUAGAGAAAGCCGAACCGAAGCCUGUGGCCACCCCGCAGCCCGAGACACAACCCCAGCCACCGGCACCUCAGAAUCAGCAGCGCGGCCCUUCUGCACACGCCCAGCCACAGGCUCCCCAGUCAGGCCCCGCUGCCCCGGAGACCGGCCCUUCCAACGGCCUCUACGCUGAGUACCCCCGCCAGCGGCUGUACGAUGGGCCUCAGACGGCCCCGUCCACCCCGUCCAACAUGAGACGCUUUGACUCGCACAGUAUGCUGUCAGAGAACUCCAUCGCCUCCUCACGCAUGGAUCUUUCAGAGGGGCUCCCCUACCCAGAGGCCAUACUGAAUCACACUGGAAGUUUUGGGGAGAUUCAGCUGACUGUAAGAUAUGCCACACUGAGGAACAAACUCAUUGUCCUGGUGAACUCCUGCAGGAACUUGUUCCCCUGCUCUGAGAAUGGCUCAGACUCUUACGUUCGCAUCUAUCUGCUGCCCGACCAGAGAUGGAAUCACCGCAUGAGAACUCCGGUCAAGAAGAGGACUGUGAACCCAGUCUUCAAUGAGAAGUUUGAAUUCUCUGUGUCCUUGGAGGAGGCUAAGUCCAGGAAGCUGGAUGUGGCUGUGAAGAACAACAGAAUGUUCUAUGUCCGAGAACGUAAAGAAAUUGGAACGGUGCUCAUUGAUUUAUCUGGGCUUGACCUGGCCAAGGGCUCCACAGAGUGGUAUGAGCUUACCCUGCCUGGGCUGAAGACUACCGAUUAGUGAAAGGAACAAUUUUUCCCAUUUGGGCCCCUCAGGGUGAAGACUUCACAAGCUCAAAACGGAGCAGCUAUGAUUUGUACAGAUGUCUUGUGGUCAAACAGAGGAUAAGUACAGAGAAAUAUUAUAGAAACGUAUUCACAAGACUGGUCGUUUUACGUACAUGAGGACGCUUGUGUUUGUAUUUAAUGUGUUACCAUUUUCUAAAGAGAGGUGAAGUGUUUAUAAGCACUCUUUUUGGAUCGAUUGUGCAAGAGUUGCACUCUGUAAAGGUCAAAUUGUGGUUCUUAUGUAUAUUAGCGGUCAUCGCUGGCUUACAUGACCUGUACAGUAUAUGUAGAGAGUCCACUGGAUUCUUAGCCACAGUAAAUGCAAAGGUCAAUUUGUUUUAUAACAAAAAAAUAUUAAAUCUGGUCCAUCCAAGGGACACAUAAGUCCACUGCUCAGUGAGAAAGCUUCGAUCUUAUGCUAAAGAUCACUGCACUAAACUUCUUUAACUAUUUGUCUGACACUUUGUAUGAGGCUGUAAUUUCAAAAGCUAUAGGCUUAUGGUAUUUAUGGAGGUGGUUGAGAAGUUUCCAAACUGUGUUGUUAUUUAGGUUUGGCACCACAUUCUGUGUAUUUGACAACAGUACAAAUAUACUUUAUCAUGAGGUCAAACAUCUUUGAAUAAAAACAUUUAUAUUGUU